AUGGCUAAACCAACUAAAGGCAAAGUUCUUGACCCAUCUUUGACUGAACCAAUUAACAAUGAUGCGCCACCUACAAUUUAUGGAUCUUCUUUGACUCCAGAAUUAGCAAAUGCCGCUUUGAAUCUUUCGGUGGAUUUUGUGAAGCAGCAACAGUCACUCGCGAACAAGUAUAUUUUGUGGCAUCCAUAUACUUUGUCGCUAGUCUUCAUUUCCCUCGCCGUUUACCUCGGUCCCAAUGUUACUUUGCCCCAAGGAACCCAUUCGGUUUUCGAUUUCUUAUUUCAGUUGGCGAUCAUGAAUGGAACGCAAAUCGCUACUAGCAUAAUGGUGGUCGGAAUUUCCACGUCGGUCGUUUUCACUUUUCUCACAAGGUUUACGGAAGACCUUUUCAAAAAGAAAUCUAGGCAAAUCGUGGACACGAAUGGUGUGAACGUUUUCAACGUUGACUUGACCAAGCUUGCCAAGAGGGAAAUCAAACAAAAGUCAGACACAAAUAAUACCCAAAUUAUUGUGUACCGUGAAACACCAAUUGCUCUUGCAAGUAUUGUGGAAAACACUGUUCUUUCAUCUAAAGACUCGUUAGUUAUGGGCAUUAGCUCCAUCGGUUGCCGUCGUGUAUACGUUCAAAGUGGUAUCAUCGAGGAUUUGAUCGAUUGGGCCUUGAUUCGUACCAAAAACAUCCAACAGAGUGGAUCCUACAAAGCAGAUAAUUCUAUGAAGGUGCUGAUAGACGUGUACUCUUUUGACAAAUACAUGAAAGAAACUUUAAAGAAGAAGGGAUUCUCCCUCUUGAGCACCUACGACUUGGAGGACUCCAAACUUUUGAGUAAGAUAUACGGUGUUAAGAGAGAACUUUGGGGUGUCCAAUUUCACUUUGAAGGGAAGAAAGACAAAUAA